CUCCUCUUCUCUAGCCUCCUUGUUCAACCUCCGCCACAUAUCCUUCCGCAGCUCAUGCCCAUCCAUAAACGCCCUAAACCACUCCCUCUGAAACUUUGGCAACCUCCUCCCCACACCAUUCUCCGGCUCCCCCGCCAGUCUCCUCACAUCCUCAAAAUACUCCUCAAAAUCCGGAAACACCAACGUAAACUUGACCCCAUCCCCCCUAGCCUUGAUCCUCUUCUCCUCCCACUCCUUCAUCACCUCCACACUCGGCAGAUUCGCCUUCCCCGCCAACACCCUCGCAGCCAAAACAGCCUGCCACUCAAAAAUCUUGAACGUCAGCCCCGCACCGACAGCACCGACAAAAAGCAACGUUGGGUCUCUUUGGUACACCACGUGCUGAUACAGCUCCGGCACGCGGUUGUUCCUAAUCUCCAUGUUUGGCAGAAACGGCAUCGUCCACGUGUAUCCCGUCCCAAAGAUGAUCGAGUCCACAUUCGGAAUGCUCUUCCCAUCAGCCAAAUGCACCGUCCUCGUCUUGGGGCACACGGACUUGAUCGAAGGGUGUUGCUGAAUCCUCGGGUGCUCAAACGCACCACCGCCAAAGUAGCCAUUUGCCGCAUGGCCGAUGGUGAUGGUGUGGACUGGCAAAUCGGCCGUCUUGGAGUGCGCGAGGUCGUAGGCGAUGUCAGCUGCCGACACGGAGGCGCCUACUACAACCACGCGCUAGAAUUCAAGUUAGAACAGGUUCCCGCCGGCGGAAAUCCGAAGCAAAAGGGGCAAACAAACCUUGUUUUUGAAAUAUCCCCUCCCCCGAAAGUGCUUACUGUGAAUCACACUUCCCGGCCUCCCCUUUUCAAACUCGUCCAGCCCGUCGAUCGCGGGUAUGUACGGCACCCAGUAGUGCCCGCUCGCCACCACCACCGCGUCAAAGUACUCUGUCCACCAGUAAUCUUUCUCCUUGCCCUCCUUUCGCAGCACGAGCUUCCACUCUGUACCUACCUUUUCGGCCAGCUCGACGGUGGUGUUGUAGGACACCAAAUCCUCGUAGUUGUUGUGCUCGAUCAGGGACUUGAUGUAACGCUGCAUGACGGUCCAGUGUCGAAAAGGGGUUUCUGGCCCGUGGAGAGUGAUGGACUUGUCGGUCUUGUCGGCUGGGAUUGGCUCCUGGCUGAAGGACAUGGGAAGGUGGUCGACGUUGGUUUCGAGGUAGGGGUAGACGGAGGACUCGGUGAAGCGAGGGCGGUCAGACUUAGGUGUUUGGGCUGGGAGUUUGGGUGGGAUGGGGAGGGGGGGGUCUGCGGUGCGGUUGGCGAGGGAGGGGAAGUUGGUGAGGGUUGGGGGGCGGGCUUUGUCGCCGAUCCUGGGGAUUCGUCAGGAGCUGAGGGUAGAGAUGGUGAGGGGUGCAAAGAAAUUACCAGCAUCCUCCGGCCUCUUCGCGCCUUUCAAAAACACGGAUGAUAUCAAAGGUUUUUUCUUGGGCGAGAGCGUCAAUGGCGAUGGCGCCGGCUGGGCCGGCACCAAUGACGGCGACGCGCUUGAUUGGUGGGUGAGACAUGGUUGGUUUGACUGGAAAACCGAAGAUAUCGCGUAAAAUGUGUCAGUGGUGAUGUUUUGGAGCAGCGUGGCAUUAUGUAUGUCUGCCACCUAGCCGUCCGGCCGCGUGGGUCGGGGUGUGAUCCGGGCCAAGCCGGGGGUGGUUCGGGAACGGCCCACCCAGGCGUAUUGUGUUAUAUCACGCCAUCGCUGCGAUGGGGAGGUGAAGGACGCUUUGCCACAGUGACGGGGGACGAAGCUGACCGGAAAAAAUCCGAACUAAUUUUUGGCUAGGGCAGAAGUAUUUUGAAAGAAAAACGACAAAGACGAAGUCGGCACCAGUGGUGGUGAUUUGGUAGCGCCUGUGGCUGGCAAACAGAAAAAACAAAAAUGUUGGUGUGCUAACAAACAACUACCGGUGACGUUUGGUGUUCGGUGCAGGCUGCAGCGUUCCUGCCAAGACCUUCCCGAUUCGCCCAGGCGUGGUCUGGGCCCUGUCAAAUCAUCCCCCGUUUCCCAACUGCCUUCCAUCUCCUCGACACCAGUUUCUUUUUCGUUAGACUAAUGGCACAUUGUGAACCAGUCAUUGUUACAAGCUUCAAAUUUUGACAUUACGCAGCUAUCCAGUUUCUUGGUAUCGCCAGGACUCGAUACCUUUUUCUGGAUGCAGUAGUCGAUUGUACCACAAACUUGACUUGGACGACUUCAAUGCACAGAGGCAGUAUGCUUUCUCGACAAGGCCGGAAAUGAACAGCAACUCUGGCAUUCCCUGAGAACUGUCCUCCUAUUAGGCCUCAACAUAAUCCACCCUACACCACACCACAUCUCAUCCCAUCCCACAAUGAAUGCCGGCUGGGCACCAGCACUACUUAUCAGCCCUCUCUGAGCCCGGUCUCCGGGACGCCUUGCAGCGACUGGUCCCCGAGAAUGCGGGUGGCCCGCCUGUACCACCCAACUAGCGGGUCCGCAUGUGGGAAUUGCAUCUCGAUGCCAUCCACGGCCUGGAUCACGUCAACGCUGGCAACAAGGGUUCCGACUGUUGGCUCCCGCACCCCGAGCUGGUCUUUUAUCGGUAGUCGCUGUCGAUAAAAGCAAUGCCGCGUCUCCCUGUUUGUGUCACCGAUUCCUCGGUGUCAUCUAGCUCUUCAACCACACCGCCAAGCCUCGGACAACAUGGCUCAACCAUCCGUCGAAAAGGACACCAAGAAGAGCGGGAACGAUGUGGACUCUGGGACAUCCUCUUCUGUUGAAGAAGGAUGGACAGAGUGGGAUGAGGUCAAGGCCCGGAGGAAGGUUGACUUUUCCGUUUUGCCAUUGUUGUUCCUUGGGCUUCUAGUCUUUCAGCUUGACCGGAUGAACAUUGCUAGCGCCUUGACUGGUGGCUUUGCAGAGGAUAUUGAUGUCUCGUUGGAUACCAUCAAUGCUGGCAACCAGAUGAUGUUUGCUGGUAUUGUGCUGUUGGAAAUUCCAUCCAACCUUGCCCUUCAAAAGCUCGGACCAAGGAAAUGGAUCGCAGGUCAAGUCCUGGCGUUUGGUACUGUGGCCUCACUGCAAAUCUUCAUCCAUAACAAGGCCGGGUUCCUGGCCUCUCGGUUGAUACUCGGCUUUUGCGAAUCUGGCUACAUCCCCGGUGCCAUCUACACACUCUCAACAUGGUAUUCCAAGCGAGAAUUGGCCAAGCGGGUUGCUAUUCUGUUCUUUGGCAUGUUUGGCGCGAAUGCAAUUAGCCCAUUGUUGGCCACCGGCAUCCUGAAAUUGGACGGUGCUGGGGGCUUGCAUGGAUGGCAGUGGCUUUUUCUUCUUGAGGGCCUCUUUACCAUUGUGGUCUCGUUCAUUCUCCUCUUCUUCCUCCCUGGAUCCCCUGACAUGCCAAGGCCGCUUCUCAGCCCAGGCCUGAUCAGGUUUGAUUCGAACGACCGCGAUAUUCUCCAGAAGAGACUCGAAAGGGACGAUAAUGAGAAGAAUGGAGGUGCGCAGGGAAUGGAAAUUCCACUGCAGCUGGUGUGGAAGACUGCCACCCAUUAUCCGCGGUGGCCACAUUUCAUUUCUACCUUUUGCCUGUUCUCAACAUGGAGUUCUUUAACCACCUACACACCUUCCAUCUUGAAAUCUCUGGGCUGGGACACUAUUGCUGCGAAUGCUUUGGCUGCCGUUGGUGCUUCCCUUUCGCUGGUCUUUGUCUUCAUCUUUGCAUACAUCAGUGACAAAACCAACCUCCGCGGUGGCACUGUCAUCCUUGCACAGGUCUGCUUUCUGAUCACGCUGAUCGUGGCAAGAGAAGUCCAUCCACAUGUCGGCCAAUGGUCACGAUGGGCUUUGUGGACAGCUGUCAACGCGCUGGCCGUGGGGUAUCACCCUGUCCACAACACAUGGCUCCAACUCAACUGCAGAAGUCCAGGUGAACGGAGUAUCAGUAUUGCGAUGUGGGUCAUGUCUGCCAUUAGCGGGCUGAUGGUUGGCACACAGUAUUAUCAGGCCAAGGAUGGACCAUUUUACUCCAACGGUCUCCGCAUUCAGAUCAUCAUAGUGUCUGUUGGUAUCGUCUUUGCCAUCCUGCAGGUUGGGAUUUACAAGGUGCAUAAUAAGAGAGUGGCUGAGGGGAAACAUGAAGCUGAUGAGGAUGGUCAGGAGCCACAGAUUUAUGUCCCCUGAGUUGCGGAUUGGCUCGUGUUGUAAGAGGGAUACAUUCGUAUUGGAGAAGCGUGCAGUUUUCGUUUUAUUUCACUCGUGGUUUAAGUGAUAAAAUCUGGUGGUGGACCUUCAUGACCCUGGCGGGGAAUAUAUGAGCUUCGUCGAUCCAAUCUCCUCGAAGUGAAACAGAGUUCUCGUAUGUCUUGCAACGUGCUCGUGGUUCAGAUAAAGUUUC